CCAGCAGUAUGUGUCAUAGACGUACGUUGUCUGCGGAAUAAACUGUAUAAUUUGUUGAGUUGCGGCUGCGACAGCUUCGGUCUCGGAUAAAGAACGAAUAUACGGUUUAGACAAUUUAAAAGCCCCGAGUGUUCCACGAAUCCAGCCAAAUCCCCCGUUUCGUUAAUAUAGUUUUAUAUAUAUAUAUAUAUUGUGCACCGUUCAUUCAUCAGGAUGAAGACCAAGUUCUCUUGCGGGGAUGAGCUGCCCAAUACCCUGGAGCUGCUCAUAAGCUCUGCCGGGGGUCUGAUGACCGCACAGCGGCCCGCGGUGACGGAUGAAGUAGAAACCCGUGAGAAGGAGGAGAGCUGUCGGGCGCAAGACGAGGAGCCGGAUGCCCGCACUAGGCGUAAGGCGUACCGCUGGUGCAAAGAGUUCCUAGCGGGGGCUUGGAGACACCUAGAGGAGGAUCGCUUCCAGAUCACUGUUAUACGAGGUGGGUUGAGCAACAUGCUGUUCCGUUGCGCUUUACCUGAAGAUGUAAAGCUGGUGGCUAAUGAACCCAGAUGUGUCCUGCUUCGAUUAUAUGGAGCCAUCUUACAGAUGUCUUGUAACAAGGGUGAAAACCAAGAAACGCAGAGAGAGAGUUUCUUUCAAGGUGCAGAAGCUAUGGUCAUGGAGAGUGUAAUGUUUGCUAUCCUAGCAGAGCGAUCCUUAGGUCCCAAGCUGUAUGGGAUCUUCCCACAAGGACGUCUAGAGCAGUACAUCCCGAGCCGGAAGCUGGAGACUGAAGAGCUGGGCUUACCAGAUAUGUCGGCGGAAAUAGCUGAGAAAAUGGCCCGCUUUCACGGCAUGAGCAUGCCUUUCAACAAGGAGCCCAAGUGGCUCUUUGGGACUAUGGAGAAGUACCUUAAGCAGGUGCUGAAAAUUAAGUUCACUCGGGAAUCACAUGCCCGCAAGCUGAAUAAGUUUUUGAGUUACAACCUCCCCAAGGAAAUGGCUAAUCUAAGGGCUCUGCUGGAGGGCACACCUUCCCCUGUUGUGUUUUGUCACAAUGAUUGUCAGGAAGGUAACAUCCUACUGCUGGAAGGGAGUGAGAAUUCAGAGAAGCAGUCCCUCAUGCUGAUAGACUUUGAAUACAGCAGCUACAAUUACAGGGGAUUUGACAUUGGGAAUCAUUUCUGCGAAUGGAUGUAUGAUUACACCUAUGAGAAAUUCCCCUUCUUUAAAGGAAGUUUUUCAAAGUAUCCUACAAGAAAGCAGCAGCUUCACUUCAUAUCCAGCUACAUGGCAGAGUUUUAUCCUGGAUUUGAAAACCUCAGUAAUGAAGAAAGGAGCAAAGUGGAGACUGAAAUGUUAACUGAAGUUAACAGGUUUGCUCUUGCAUCCCACUUCUUCUGGGGUCUGUGGUCCAUUGUGCAGGCUAAAAUCUCCUCUAUUGAGUUUGGUUAUAUGGAGUACGCCUCAGCAAGAUUUGAUGCCUAUUUCCAACAGAAGAGACGGUUAGGACUGUGAAAAUCUUUUUAUGCUAAAGUCCACCAUUCCAGAUUUUACAUGUCGCUGUUUUGAAUGUAAAUUUUAACUGUGAAACUACAGUUUACUGCUUAGAAAGGCCUCGGUGUUAGUCAAUUAAUUUGGCUUUCAUAUGGCUUGGCUUCUUUCCAUUUGUAAACUUUGGUUUGAAGGUCAUGAAAACUGACUUAAGUGUUAUUUCACACAAAUGUGAAUGUACAUAUUGUAUCAUUUUAAUUGUUGACUUUUUUGUGAUAUCAACUAAUUACCAUUUGAUAUGAUUGUAUUUCUCUAUAAUUCUUACCGAGCAGUUUUCUUCAUGUAAGAUGUUCUCACUGACCUGCAACCGAUCUUAUAUCCUUAGAGCUCUCAGACAGGGUCAUUUGCUAUGAACGUUCUUGCUUGUUGAUGUAGAUAUGGCAUGGGUAAUCUCAGCACUUCAUUCACAUGAACAUAACGGAUUUUUCGGAUAUCUCUGCUUGAGUUCACACGAAACAUUAGCCUAUUCAUUUUGAUCUACCUGUAAUCAGUUUGGGGAAAUCCUUAAAACCAUGCCUGCUGGCAGCACUUAAACGUAUCUCCCCAUCACUGCAAUCAACCCGCAUGGUACGU